GUUGAGUCACAGGGAAAACCGUUACUCGGCCGUUAAAGCCGACACUAUCGUUAGGAACUGCGCCUCCUGUCCUCCAGACAUUUUCUAUCGGUGUUACAGUAAUUAUAUCCUCCAGAUAUUCUUCUCGACGGGAUUGAAAUGUUACAUUUUCGGUCAACGGUAGUGCUCAAGGAGUUAUUUCAAACCCAGCUGAAGCGUCCGUUGCCAGGUAGAGCCGGUGUUAAAGCGACACCUGCAGCCUGCUUCAGCACCGGCCGUCUGGAUGGGAGACUGCCGGGCAGAGUGAGAGCGUUAGCCCCUCAGAGCUUUACCAGAAGGCACGCCGUGAGAAGCUUUUGCUCCAAGGGGGACAGCCACAAUGAAGCCUCCAAGGACUCUUCGGCGGAGAAGAGAAGGAAGGCGGGCAUCCUGCCUAGUCUGGAGGACCUGCUCUUCUACACCAUCGCAGAGGGCCAGGAGAAAAUCCCAGCGCACAAAUUCACCACAGCUCUUAAAGCCACAGGGCUACGCACAGGAGACCCCCGGCUGAAAGAGUGCAUGGAGAUGCUGAAACAGACCGUGAAGACGACCUCUGAUGGAGCUCUCGACCGACACCUCUUCAAAAAGUGCGUGCAGAGCAACAUCGUGCUGCUCACUCAGGCCUUCAGGAAGAAGUUUGUCAUCCCAGACUUCCAGUCCUUCUGCGCACACAUAGACGAGCUCUACGAUAAAGCCAAAAACAUGCCAGGAGGACAGGUGGCCGACUACAUCCCCCAGCUGGCCCGCUUCAGCCCCGACCUGUGGGCCGUCUCCCUGUGCACCGUGGACGGACAGAGGCACACAGUGGGCGACACCAAGGUCCCUUUCUGCCUGCAGUCCUGCGUGAAGCCGCUGAAGUACGCCAUCGCCGUGCACGACCACGGCACCGAGUACGUGCACCGCUUCAUCGCCAAGGAGCCCAGCGGCCUGCGCUUCAACAAGCUCUUCCUGAACGAGGAAGAUAAACCACACAACCCCAUGGUUAAUGCUGGAGCCAUUGUGUGUACCUCCCUCAUUAAGCAAGGGGCAAGCAACGCUGAGAAGUUUGAUUAUGUGAUGAACUUCAUGAACAAACUGGCAGGAAACGAGUACGUCGGCUUCAGCAACGCCACAUUCCAGUCGGAGCGAGAGUCUGGAGACAGAAACUUUGCCAUCGGCUACUACCUGAAGGAGAAGAAGUGUUUUCCAGAAGGCACAGACAUGACAUCCAUCCUCGACUUCUACUUCCAGCUGUGUUCCAUCGAGGUGACUUGUGAGAGCGCCAGCGUCAUGGCGGCCACUCUGGCCAACGGCGGCUUCUGUCCAAUCACAGGCGAGCGUGUGCUGAGCCCCGAGGCGGUGCGGGACACUCUGAGUCUGAUGCACUCCUGCGGCAUGUACGACUUCUCGGGACAGUUCGCCUUCCACGUGGGUCUGCCGGCUAAGUCUGGAGUGGCCGGUGGGAUUCUGCUGGUUGUUCCCAACGUGAUGGGCAUCAUGUGCUGGUCUCCUCCGCUCGACAAGCUGGGCAACAGCGUCAGAGGCAUCCAGUUCUGCACGGACCUGGUUUCCCUAUUCAACUUCCACAACUACGAUAACCUGAGACACUUUGCUAAGAAGCUGGACCCCCGCAGGGAGGGGGGAGACCAGAGGGUGAAGUCAGUGAUCAAUCUGCUGUUUGCUGCGUACACCGGGGACGUCUCGGCUCUCAGAAGGUUUGCGCUGUCCUCCAUGGACAUGGAGCAGAGAGACUACGACUCCAGGACGGCGCUGCAUGUGGCCGCCGCUGAAGGGCAUGGAGAGGUGGUUCGCUUCCUGCUGGAGGGGUGUAAAGUCAACCCAGUUCCCAAGGACAGGUGGGGGAACACCCCUCAGGACGAGGCGGUCCACUUCGGACACCACGACGUCGUCACCAUCCUCCGAGACUACCACGCCAAGUACAGCCCUCUGGAGGUGGCCGAGGACAAAGAGAAGAGUGAGACCAACCUGGACGGGCUGCUCUGAGGGAGGAAGGGGGAGGCUGGGAGGAAACGUGUUAAUCUGCAUCAGAAGGUCAGAGAGCAAGAACCAUAACUCGUAGAAAACAGGCUACUUAAGGUUCCCUUUACACGCAGGACACCCCUCCAGAAGAAAAGCUCCUCCUCAUGCUACUUGAUGUUGUUGGUUUUGUAAUAUAUUAUAUAUUGUAUUUACUUUAAGUGAGGAAUAUAUUGUUGUAUUUCCCCUUCUGUAUUCAGCUUUGUAGCUUUUUAAGGACCAGCCGCCGCAUUGAAUGCUGGGUAAAUUCAGCUGCGGCUGGUAAGUCCCCGCACUCUUGUUAUUUACUUUAUAUUAUUAUGGUUUUUAUUCUGAAAAGCUUAAAAAAAACUGGAAGUAUGGGGCAUUUCGAACCCUGGUUUAAACCUUUCGUCACUUCAUCAUCAUGGUGGAAUGUAUCUUCCCCAACUCUCAAGUGUGUGUGUACGUGUGUGUGAUAUUUAUCUGUUUAAGAUAAAAUGUAGUGUGUAUAUUCCUGACAUGAGUGUAAAUACGUACAGGUGUAUAGUAGUUGUGUAAGGAGUUAUAUUUCACUCAAACUCUGGACAGCGUUUUCUUUUCACCGUCUUCAACUGUCGUUGUAUUCGUCACUGUUACUCUGUAUGAUUUGAUAUUUAUUUUUUGUAAGGAAAUAUUGUACAGGCUGUCUGUGGAAAGAGUUGUACUUAUUAUAAAUGACACUGCCAGCGCUGACAGCAGCUUGAAUUACUGUAAACAUCCCAGAGGUUUUAUAUGUUAACGCUUGCACUCAACAACGAACAACACACAGAUUAUUAUAAAUGUAACUGGAGAUCAUGAAGUUUACUAAGUAUAUGAAACUGAACUUGUGGAAGUUUAACAUGCUGAUCAAAACAAUCACAAUAUGUGUAUUUUUAUGAAUGCAGCCAUAAAGAAUAAUAUGGACUUUUUCUUUAUUCAGUAUUUACAUUUUCUUUAUUUUAAUUUAAGUCUAAAGAUCAAAUCUAGUCCAAAAGAGACUUGAAUUGAACUAGCAGGCUCCACAAAGCUCUAUAUGUAUAUUUUAAGGUUAUCUAAAGAGUUUGAUGUUCAUCCAAGUCCAAGAUAAUGUCCUUGUUGAGUGCAGCUGUUGCUUUCCGUUACUGCUUUGUAAUCCAGAGGUGUUUAAAUGUGUUAUCAUUGCUAUUCAUCUGAACGUGUGAUUGAGAGUGGAGGCUUUAAUGCCUCUGGACUGUAUCACAGGAAGUACGAGGCGUGUGUCGCGGUUCCUGCAGAAUACUCAGGAAGGUCCAGAUUAGAAACACAAAGAGAAGCAGCUUUAUAUCGCAGAAGGAUUGUUUUUGUUUAUUCUGUGAUGCAGAAGGAUCUGAUGUAGUGAGAGGUCGUGCAGAUGUUCCCAGACGUUGUUCUGUGUUUUUGUAGCGUGUCUGAAGUUUGGAUGUUGAUUCUGUGCGGACAAACUGAACCAGGCAAUCAACAUAUAUUAUCUACACUCCAAAUGUAGUGCAUUUUAGGGAUCAGUUCAUUCAGUUGGAUUAGAAUUGUUAUUUAAAGGUAAAAAAUUAGUGAAAGAAGCACAAAAUGCUAUAUUUUGAGACACUAUAGGCAAUACAUAUUUAAUGAUUGUACGAUCAGUUGAGCAAUAUGUGUUGGAUGUGGUCCCGGCCUGCAGCGACUGAAGUAUUCUGAAUGUAACGUGUUUGUGUUUCAUGUAUAUUUAUGCUGCUGAGUGUCGCAGACCGUUCAGAUAUUUAUUCACAGAUCAAACGUUUAAUAAAGUUAUUAAAAUCAAA